AUGCCUGCUGAAAAUUUAGAGGAACAAGGUUUAGCUAAAAAUCCAAAUCUAGAAAAUGCACAACUUCGUUUCUUGCUCGGAACCGAGAAGUACAAGAACGACAAUGAUUUGAAGAAAAAACUUCUCGAUGAAAUCAAAGAAAACAAUAUGGCACCAUUUUAUGAAGAAGUGACUCCAGAAUUGGGCUGGAAAAAGGAUGAAGACCUACUUACCGCAAUGAAGGCAGCAAACGUAGAAAAAUUGAAGCAGUUGGAUGAAGCUAUUGCUGAUGCAGAAAAGAAUUUAGGAGAAACAGAGAUCAGAGACAGCAUGUUGGCAAAGGCAGAGUAUCUGUGCCAGAUUGGUGACAAGGCCAAUGCUCUGACGGAGUUUCGCAAAACUUAUGAAAAGACUGUUGCACUUGGCUAUCGUUUGGACAUAGUCUUCCACUUGAUCAGAAUUGGUUUAUUCUACAACGACCAUGACCUUAUCACAAAGAACUUGGAAAAGGCUCAGAGUUUGAUAGAUGAAGGAGGUGACUGGGAUCGAAGGAACAGGCUGAAAGUAUACAGAGGCCUCUACAACAUGUCAGUCCGUGACUUCAAAUCUGCAGCAACAUUGUUCCUGGAUACCAUUGCCACAUUUACCUCAUAUGAGCUCAUGGAGUACCAGCAGUUUGUGACGUACACUGUUCUCUGUAGCAUGAUAGCUCUAGAGAGACCAGAGCUCAGAGAGAAGGUUGUGAAAGGGUCAGAAAUUCUGGAAGUUCUUCAUGGGCUGCCCACAGUCCGCAAGUUCCUGUUUUCUUUGUAUGAUUGUCAGUAUGGAGAUUUCUUCCUGGCUCUAGCGGAGGUUGAGAACCAGAUGAAGUAUGACCGUCUGCUGUCGGCACACUACUCCUAUUAUGUACGUGAGAUGCGCAUCAUGGCCUACGCCCAGCUUUUGGAGUCCUACCGCAGUCUCACACUUACUUACAUGGCCAAAUCAUUUGGUGUCACAGAAUCAUUUAUCGAUCAAGAAUUAUCUCGGUUCAUAGCUGCGGGUAGACUGCACUGCAAGAUUGACAAAGUUGGUGGCAUUGUGGAAACUAACAGGCCAGACAGUAAAAACUGGCAGUAUCAGAACUGCAUCAAACAAGGUGACAUCCUUCUCAACAGAGUGCAGAAACUGAGUCGUGUUAUCAACAUUUAG